UCUCGGGAGUGUGGGUCUCUCUCUGAGUAAGUGGAGGGAAAGGAGGACAAACCUGCAGGUCCAGGAGAAUGGAAAAAAUAGUAUGGAUAGCAGUGUUUGUGAAGGCUUUCAUCAGCUGUAGUGCCAUCCUGGAUCUGUCUGGCCUACACCAGAUCAAUGGGACAUGGAAAGGAUCCACUGCUUUACCUUGUACCUAUGUGCCCUCAGAAGGUUUCACGCAGCAAACGCUCAUCUGGAGCAUGGAGCGAGACUAUAGUACCUCUGCCAUCUUUCGUAGGGAUAACUCUGGUGACCACGUCUUGUUGUCUCGGUUCAGAGACCGUGUCAGUGUCCCAGAGAACAGCCCAGGGGAUGUCACACUUCAAAUCAAGAGCCUUGAAAUCCCUGACAGUGGACACUACACCUGUCAAGUCACCUGGAGGUCUAAAAAUAACAGCUUGAUAACAAAGGAGGUGACCACUAUAGUUAAAGUUGUCAAAGUUGCAGUGACUAAGCCCAUCAUCAGGGCUGGUGAGCUGGGACUGAUGGUCCCGGCAGGAGCCAGGACCAGCCUGACCUGUGUGGCCACUGGAUCCCCACCCAUCAGCUACCGCUGGUUCCUGGGAGAGCCGGGAGGAAAAGCUCGGCUUCUGGGCAGUCAGGCCGAACUCACGUUUGACAGUCUGCGACCCUCCGACUCGGGGAAAUACUACUGUGAAGCAGAAAACAGGGUUGGGGCACGUGUCGCGCAGCAGAGCGAUGCUGUAGAGCUGACAGUGAGAGAGCUGCCUGCAGCAACGCCAACCUCUGGGAAGGAUGUCGUUUCAGUAGGGCCUCCCACUCCCAUUGCCACAGAAGCCCUCUACGAAGUUGCAUUCCAUAGCACCGUAGAUGUCAUGAGAACAGAGACUGGUUUGGAAGUCCCUGCUAAGGGCCUACAAGAAGAGGAAAAUUCUAGGACUGAGGCAUCGUAUGAAAUUCUCACCAUGAAAGACAAUGACUACAGCAACAUAUGUACUGGGAAAAACACUGAGUGUGAUACUCUUCUGAAGGCAAUGGAAUCAGAAUACGAAGUAGAAAACUUUUAGUAGAAUACCUGCAUUUCCACAUGAGCAGCUCUGCAGAAGAUGGAGCUGCACAUCUUGAGUGGUGAAUUUUACCAAAGGAAACUAUUUUUCCUAUCUGCUUUCUCCACUGAUAAAUAUACCAGUCUCAUUGCUUUUGUUUAACCUGGGGGAACUGCAUAACCUUGGGCUUUGGUGAAUGAGAUCCUGCCCGUUGGUGCAGAAACCCUUAGCCAAGUGGGUAUCUACCUUCAUUUAUGUAGCUAUAAAUUUAAGAGCAGCCUGAAGGGCAAAGGUGAGGAAGAAGGGACCUAGAGGAGUAGAAACACAAAAGCCUUUAGCCUGCAGGUCUAGGUGUAGCUGGUUGCAACACUAGCCAAAAAUACCAGCAGGGUAUAUUCUCAAGCAUAUGUUCCCCUCUUAGGACAUCACAGACUGCGAGGAACCAGGAAUUGUGCUGGGAGUGGAAUAUUCCCUGACUUUUACAGUUCAACACAUACUGGUUGUACAGCUUGUUUGCCCUUAAGUCUUUUUCAUUUGAGGAUGGUAAAGGGACCAUGGAGGGGGGGUUGAUGUCCCAGGAAUGUCAUUC